AUGGCACGCCUGACUCUGGUUGCAGCCGCCCUUCUUGGGCUUGGAAACCGUGCCCUGGCCUUGGAAACAUGCGGCCAAUCACAGUACGACCCGGCACAGUACGUCUGCUGGAACGGCCAGUUCCUCUGCCCCGUUGUCGCCGGCGAAGGAUUAUCCUAUUGCGCGGGCGCGUGCUACAGCAAGUUCAUGUACACGUGCGCCAACAGCGUCCUGACGCUCCUCCCGCCCGUCGACACGCCUUUCACCUUGACCGUAUCCAACCCGGCACUGCCCACCCUCGACGGCAAGCCUGUCACGGCCGGUGGCCAACGCUGGACGCUCGGUGGCCAAACCAGCAGCUACUGCCCCGAACAGGUGGGCGACGCUUGCCCGCCGGGCAACAUCACGGCCAUCGUCGCUUCGGAAGGGCGCGCCGCCAUGGAUGUCAUGGUCCCCGGCGGCCAGCUGGUCUACCUGGACCCCAACUGGAACGUGGGCUACACGCAGGCCCACUCGGCCCACAUCCCCUCGGGAAGCACGGUGACGGGUUUUGCUGCUUACCAGGGCGGCGGCUUCGUCAACCUCAACGGGAACGGCUGGGGCUGGGUUGCCUGCCCACCUACUGCUGCUGGUGGCGGCGGUGGCAGUGGUGCGUGGAAUCUUGUGGCCAAGAACGAGACCAAUGCCGAUCGCCUGGGCGCGUGUACCCCCGUCAACCUGAAGGUCAACCCCUUGCCCGCCGGCACAGUCGGCGCGUGGCAGUAUACAUAA